CGCAGGCCUCAGCCGCGGGGAGGCGGCGGGGCGGGCGCCCGCCGUCAGCGUCGGCGCGCAGGAGUCCGGCGGGGCCGGUGCUGGGCGCUGGAGCCGUCGCGGCAGCGGGAAGAUGGAUGAGCUGCGUUCGUCCCUCGCCGCUCGGCAUCCUCCUCUGGCCGCGGCACGGGCUUCCAAAGCAGCUGAGUCCAGGAGCUUAAGGAAUGCCAUGCAGUAGGUGCUGAACUAAGUGGCACUGAAAGGAACAGAAAAAGAUGGCAGUCUGUAUUUGAAGUAAUUAAACACGUGGACUCUCGCUGAUAAGAAACCAUGUCCAAAAAAGGACGUAGCAAGGGCGAAAAGCCUGAGGCACUGAUUGUUGCCCUACAGGCUGCCAAUGAGGAACUCAGGACCAAGCUAACAGACAUUCAAAUUGAGCUGCAUCAAGAGAAAUCAAAGGUUGCUAAACUUGAAAGGGAGAAGACUCAAGAAACUAAGCGCAUCCGCGAGGUGGAGCAGCGCAAGCAGACUGUGCAGAUCACAGAGCUAAAAGCCAAACUCCAUGAGGAGAAAAUGAAGGAGCUGCAGGCUGUGAGGGAGAACCUCAUCAAACAGCAUGAGCAGGAGAUGACACGGAUGGUCAAAGUCCGAGACAGUGAAAUCCAGCGCCUGAAGUCAGCGCUGAGUGCGCUGCGGGAUGGGAGCAGUGAUAAAGUAAGGACAGCGCUGACUAUUGAGGCUCGUGAGGAGGCCAGAAAGCAGUUCGACUCUGAGCGCCUUAAACUUCUGCAGGAAAUUACUGAACUGAAGUCUGCCAAAAAGCAGGUAGAUGAGGCCCUUAACAAUAUGAUCCAAGCCGAUAAGAUCAAGGCAGGGGAUCUUCGGAGUGAGCAUCAAUCCCACCAGGAAGCCAUUUCCAAGAUCAAAUGGGAGAGUGAAAGGGAUAUUCGCCGCCUGAUGGAUGAGAUCAAGGCUAAAGACAGGAUCAUAUUUUCCUUGGAGAAAGAAUUGGAGACACAGACAGGCUAUGUACAGAAGCUGCAGCUGCAGAAGGAAGCACUGGAUGAACAGCUCUUCUUGGUGAAGGAAGCAGAGUGUAACAUGAGCAGUCCCAAGAGAGAAAUCCCAGGAAGGGCCGGAGAUGGUUCGGAGCACUGCAGCAGCCCUGACUUGCGCAGAAACCAGAAGAGGAUAGCAGAGCUGAAUGCCACAAUCCGGAAGCUGGAGGACAGGAAUACGUUGCUUGUUGAUGAACGAAAUGAACUGCUGAAGCGUGUCCGAGAAGCUGAGAAACAAUGUAAACCUCUUCUGGAAAAGAACAAGUGCCUCACGAAGAGAAAUGAUGAACUUAUGCAGUCUUUGCAGCGUAUGGAAGAUAAACUCAAAGCAGUUACUAAAGAAAACAUAGAAAUGAGAGAAAAAAUUACAUCACAUCCUCCUCUAAAGAAAUUAAGAUCUCUCAAUGACCUGGAUCAGGCUAAUGAGGAACAAGAAACUGAAUUCUUAAAGCUUCAGGUCAUAGAACAACAGAACAUAAUUGAUGAGCUAACGAGGGACAGGGAGAAACUCAUUCGUCGCAGAAAGCAUAAAAGAAGCUCAAAGCCAAUUAAAAGACAUGUGGUGGAUACAGUUUUUGGGUAUGAUGAUGAUUCCAUGGACUCUGAAACAUCCUCUGUGGCCUCAUAUAGAACAGACAGAACACCAGCAACCCCAGAUGAUGAUCUAGAUGAGGGUUUAGCAGCAGAAGAAUCAGAGCUGCGGUUCCGACAGCUGACAAAGGAAUACCAGGCCCUGCAGAGAGCAUACGCACUACUGCAGGAGCAGACGGGGGGCAUCAUAGAUGCUGAAAGAGAAGCCAAGGCUCAGGAGCAGCUCCAAGCUGAAGUCCAGAGGUAUAAAGCUAAAAUAGAAGAUCUGGAGAAAACUUUAGCACAGAAAGGGCAGGACUCGCACUGGGUGGAGGACAAACAGCUUUUCAUUAAAAGAAACCAAGAGCUUUUAGACAAGAUAGAGAAACUGGAAGGAGAAAACAACCGCCUGCAACAGGAGCUUCAGGAUGCCCGAGACCAGAAUGAGCUGCUGGAGUUCCGCAACCUUGAGCUGGAGGAAAGAGAGAGACGGUCCCCACCAUUUAAUCUCCAGAUUCACCCAUUCUCAGAUGGUGUGAGUGCUCUACAGAUCUACUGCAUGAAGGAAGGGGUUAAGGAUGUCAGCAUCCCAGACCUCAUAAAGCAGUUAGACAUCCUAGGUGAUAACGGAAAUUUGAGAAAUGAAGAACAAGUGGCCAUAAUCCAGGCCUCCACUGUGUUGUCCUUGGCAGAAAAGUGGAUCCAGCAGAUUGAGGGAGCUGAAGCUGCUCUGCAUCAGAAGAUGAUGGAACUGGAAAGUGAUAUGGAGCAGUUUUGCAAAAUAAAAGGUUAUUUGGAGGAAGAAUUGGACUACAGGAAGCAGGCUCUUGACCAGGCAUACAUGAGGAUCCAGGAGCUUGAAGCCACCUUGUACAAUGCUUUGCAGCAAGAAACAGUGAUAAAGUUUGGGGAACUACUGACUGAAAAACAGCAGGAAGAGCUGAGGACAGCAGUAGAAAAGCUAAGACGUCAGAUGCUGAGGAAAAGCAGAGAAUAUGAUUGCCAGAUUCUUCAGGAGAGGAUGGAACUGCUCCAGCAGGCUCAUCAGAGGAUCCGAGAUUUAGAAGAUAAAACUGACAUCCAGAAGAGACAAAUUAAGGAUCUGGAGGAAAAGAGUGCCCGACCACAGCUCAGUCCAUAUAAAGGCAAAUGCUUCCACCCCCUGAUGAAGAGAACAUUGUUUACACCUAUUUUAAAAAGUAUAACAUUGAACAACCUGUAGCCAAGACUGCAACCACCUUGUAUUUUAAAGCCAUCACUCAAGAUUUGUUACUUGACAGUUCCUUUCUAAAGCUAUGAUAUAUGCUGCAUCUAAUGAAAUUCUACAUGUUGAAAUUGGAAAAGGGGAAGAAAAACAAACUGUGAACCUACAUCACUUGGGAAGAACUUAACGGGAAGGAACCACUUUCAGCUGAUCAAGUCAGUGUGUCUUGGGCAUGGAACCAAAGUUACAACAGAAAAACCUAUCCCUGCUGUGCAGGGCAAUCAUUUAAAUGUGAGAGCGUUGUACCACGAACAGAUCAAAAGUUGACAGGGCAGAAGAAACAUGAGCCAUGGAGAGAUGCUGACAACAAAGCGCUCAGUGUGAACUGUCUGGCUUUCUCACUGUAGGGACUCCUCCUCCCUUUGGUUUUAACCUCAGGAACAAAUUAUGGCUGCGAUGUGGGGGAAGAAAGGAAAAAUGCAGUGUGAUUUAACACAGGAUGGGCAGGACAGGGCACCACAGUUUGCACUUGAGACCAUAAAAGAGCACCACCCUACUCAGCAAAGGAAGGGAAGAAGAGGGUAUCUGGCAUAAGGAGGAUUUCUGAUGGAGUUCCAGCCUUAUCUCUCUUCACUCUCCCUCCAGGAAGAACAGCCUGUCUGUUGUCAGACACUUUUCAUACUCUAUUUAGAGACUGCCAUUGAGAUAAUAAUGACUGUACUUGGUUUUACUAUUUGAAUAAUACACUGAGGAUCACUGGAUUGGACCUGCAGAGUAGCUUCUGAGAAAGAAAAAAAGUGUUGGAGGGUGGAGGAGGGAAAAGUCCAUGUGGUACAAUCCACAAUGCAGCAGCUUCCAACUGUGUGGUCCCAGCUUGGAACAUAUGUUUUGGUUUAGCUUGUCAAACUGAUUUUGUUAGCUGGCUUCCUGAUCAGUGACACAUAAACCAAAACUGGGGACAAGCUGUGUGAACACGUCUUAUUAAGUCAAAAGUAUCGCUAGUCUUUAUAGAUUUUUCCACAGCUAAGGACCAGUAUGAGUAGUUUGCAUUUCAAAGCAUUACUUCCCCUUCUAACCACAAAGCUUGGAGCCCAGUCCUGGUGUCUCCCCGAGGUCUCACAGGUCCGUGCUGUGCAGUCAGGAGCAUCACAGAUGCAGCCGGCAUGGUGAGGUCCUGCACCCCACGAGCACUGCUGUGCUGAAUGGAAAGUACUGAACAGGGCACUUCUCUGUGCCACUGUUUCCAUCGGCGUGCAAAUGGAGUUGUACCUGUUUAGACUUUGGGUUCCUGUGGCAAGGCUCCUUUUUAAGUUGUCUUCCACGAUUGAGCCUUACUUUUUUCACUGAGAGAAAUGGAUGUCCGUAUUACAAAAUAGAAAACUGAGGGCCAGAAUACAGCCUGCGCAUUACUUAAACCUUCAAAAUAGGCCUCAAGUGUACCAACGCUUUACGCACACACCAGAAGCUUUAAAAGUGCUUUUAUAAACAGUCUGUCCUUUGUUUGCUUGUUUAUUUCUACAGAUGAAGCAACUGAGGCACAAAGCAGUGAAGUAACUUGCCACAGCAACUUCAGCAGGUCAGAAGCAGUUCCUUAGCUACAGCAGAGAUGAAGUUCCUUUAGUAUUGAGGGGUGCCUGCUCCUUGCAGGUAUUUGUUGGCCAGAAUAGCUUUUAUUCAUUAAUGUCCAUUCACCCAACUGGGUUGCAAUGCUGGGCUCCAUUUCUCCACAAAGACUCUUACCAUCCUCAUUUCUUGCAUGCCCUGAGAUUGAGUUAAGCCUUCCAUCAAACACUAGAAGCUAUUUAGCAAGUGAGUUUUUCCUGCUCCUUAAAAUUAAUUUAAAUUAUGGAAUGACCACAUCUUCCUUAAGCAGUCUGUUUCAGCCAAGGGGUUUACUGAAUUCUGCACCAGCUGUAUGUUGGUUGGUUCAUUUUUUUAAGACAGGCUUUUAGGCACGUAUGUUAAAUGAAUAUAGGUAUGUUGCAUGCUCUUUGUUCAAACUCUUUCCCCCAGAAGAAUCUGUGGUUAAAGUUGUCCCAAACCUACAUGUGCUUUCCAAGAGUGCUGCUAGCAGUUCAGUCCUGAAGCUCUGGAGUCAGCCCCUUUGGAAGUCUCAUCCACACACGUGACACCUUUAGAUCACUGAGCAACUUCACAACAUCUUAUUAGCUACAAAUGAGAGUUUCCUCUGUGGUUAUUCUCUCUAGCACCUCUCACUGUUUGUUUUCCUCUGUUGCAGUCCAUUGUUCCAGUUGGCUGCAGUGUCCUGCAAGGUGAAACAGGCUGUGGAAGUUCUUUGCCCUAGCAUUAGGGCCGGCAAUGAAACCAUUGAGCUCUUCCUGUAGAAUGAGCAGCGCCUGUUUUCUGUGACAGAGCAAAAGCUUCCACCUCUGCUUGGUUGAAAAAGAACAAAACAAAAGGAGGAUUAGAAAAGUUUGUUUCAGGCACUCAUGAGGAAGGGUCCUGGCAGAUAGAAAUCCCAUGUUUCUGGACACACUGACUGAUCUUGCGGCAGGCUUCAUCAGUUAGGCCCUCUGAACUGUGCUGUGCACAUCUUCAGUUACUUUUUUUUUGCCUAAUUUCCUCUCCUUCACUCUUCUGCACACGUGCACCUGCAGGUGCUAUGUUCCAAGGGCUCCAGGUGGCUGGGAGUGGUAUCAGUCCACAGCUUAUCUUGGUCUGCAGACUUGUAAACAAUUGAGUGUUCCCGCCAGAGAGCCUUGCAGCUGCUUUACUCUGCUUGCAGGGUAACAUAAGCCAUGCCUAAAACACACUUGCUGAUACUAGUAAUACAAACCUUCUGCUAUCAGCUAGAUCAAAAUGAGUUUGAUGGUUUUGUGUAUAUAUAUACAUGUAUCUAUAUACAAUAUAUAUGUAUAUGUACAUUUAUAUACAUACAUAUGCAUUUAUUCCCUAUUGUAUAUAGUAAAUCAUUGAUAUAGCUUAUGGAAGUGUACUUCCAAUCUAGGUGUGGGGAACUGAAUCUAGACUUGUUUAGCUGCUACAACUGGGGCACUCCUCAUGGUUUAGUUUUACAGCUCAUGGGCAACUCGGUUUUGGAUCUGUUUUUCUGAGCUCUCACCCCUUCGAUGUCCUGAAGCUGUUUAUCCAGGGCUUUCUGCUGCUCCUGGUACUCACUGAGGCAAAGUAUUGAGAAUCAUCCCUGAAAUCUCUCACUGCAGUCAACCCUCCCCAGACCAACCAACAAAAUGAAAACCGAUUUACUGCAGCUUUUGAGGACAGCAAAUGGAGCCCUGGAUUCCUCCCCCCACCCCCAUCCAUCCAUCCUGGCCCGUGGCAGGAGUUACUCAGGCUAUCCAUGUGGUCACAGGAACCAUGUAGUGCAAGUCAGCUUGACCAAAAUCUGAGUUGCUGCUUUUUCUCCACUGACUAAGGAGAUUUUCAAGACUCUUGUUUCAACUUUAAGCAUUCCAGAUGAGAGCCCAGUGAGGUGAGAUGGAUUUAGGCACUGCAGGUCACAGGAGGCUUCUUGCACUGUGACCAGCCUGCCUCCCACCUCCAUCCUCUCUUACUGACUGCGGGGACACCGUGGAGACUUUUCUGUAGGUGUUCCCCAUUUGCCAGCUCCCUGCCCUCAUCUCAGUAAGAAACACCCUCUGCCCCCCCCCCGAAGCUUCCUGGGCAGGCCAGGCUCUCCUGCUCCUUUGGGCAGGGCUCAGGAACAGCCACGCAGCUCCUGGCGAUUCCAAGCGUUUUUCCUUUCCCUCCCAUCAGCACCCAGGUGUUUUUUAUGUACUUUUUGUCCCCAUUUUUUUUUGUGUCUGUUCAGAACAGAAUUGUAAAUGACUUGGCAGAAUGACCCUUUGAUAAACACUGGACAUGUAUCUGUACUAUAUGUAUUAACGUGUAGAAGAGAAUCCUCAUUGUAUGUAAAGUUUUAUGAAUGGUUAUUUUUUAAUUUAUGUAUUUAAUAUAGGAUUCAAUGACCUCUGGUGUUUUAGUUUGUACAAAGAAUAAAACAGCAGCGUUUUUACAAAACAAAAUGCCACUUUACACUC